UUUCAGGAAGUCCAAGUCAAAUUAAAUUGACUGGGGGUUAUGUCGGUCUCAGACACGAGCGUAAUGUUUUAGGGCGCAGAGUGAGAGAGAGGGAGAGAGAGAGAGAGAGAGAGAGAGAUGGAGGAGGAGAAUGGAAGUAGCAGCUCCAACUUGGAGACUUUGAAGGCUGAGAGAUCGGUGUGGUUGAUGAAGUGCCCUUUGGUUGUGGCUAAGUCAUGGCAGAAUCAUCCUCCUUCCCAACCUCUUGCUAAGGUUGUACUUUCCCUUGAUCCUCUCCACCCUGAAGAUGAUCCCUCUGCUAUCCAGUUUACAAUGGAGAUGGCUGGCUCUGAAGCUGUGAAUAUGCCAAAAACUUAUUCUCUGAAUAUGUUUAAAGACUUUGUUCCUAUGUGUGUCCUCUCUGAGACAAGCCAAGGCGGCAAGGUUGGAAUGGAAGGGAAAGUAGAACACAAGUUUGAUAUGAAGCCCCAUGGUGAAAACAUUGAAGAGUAUGGCAAAUUGUGUCGUGAGAGAACAAACAAAUCUAUGAUAAAAAAUCGACAGAUACAGGUUAUCGAUAAUGAUCGUGGUGUUCUAAUGAGGCCAAUGCCCGGAAUGAUUGGUCUAGUUUCAUCGAAUUCCAAGAAGACACAGCCAGUUAAGCAAUCUGAUACAAAGAGAACAAGAAGAGAUAGAGGAGAGCUGGAGGAUAUAAUGUUCAAGCUAUUUGAAAGACAGCCUAAUUGGGCCUUGAAGCAGCUUGUCCAAGAGACUGAUCAACCUGCGCAAUUCUUGAAAGAGAUCUUGAAUGAACUGUGUGUGUACAAUAAAAGAGGUGCCAAUCAAGGAACUUACGAGCUGAAGCCUGAAUACAAAAAAACUGUUGAAGAUCCAGGCGCUGAAUAAGUGCUUUUGUUCCUUACAUUCUAUUACUGACUCUACAAGCCCCUUCCCCCCGCCAACUCGAAAUUCAGUCUCUUUCUCGGCAUUGAGAAGGUUGUCAACGUGUUUAGGGUAAUGGAUGGAAAGGCAAAGAAUUACUAGACAACAAAAUAACUAGCAAAAUGUGUAUCUGUUCUACAGGCCUGAGGCCCUGUUAUAUGUGGACUCUAUUUCAUGAUUAUUGAAUGUAUAUUAGCACGAAAAUGUCCUAAAUGAAUUUUCAUUUUGCAGCUCAGUUGUCUUCCGUUCUACAUGUGUUGGAUUUAUUGUCUAGGUUCUUUCAGGGGA